CGAGUGGCAUUUAAAAACGUGUGUCUUUAGAAUUUUUAAACCUAUUAAUUUAUCUGAAAGCUUAAAGCACAGGCAUUCCCCCACAACAUACGCCAUUAUCUACCCUCCAACAACUAUCACCUCUGAUGACUUACUCUUUGCCGUUGUACGUACACUACUGCGCAUGUGUGCGUGGCGCCAUAACCCAACGAAUCUAACCUAAAUUCGAAUACCGAGGUAGGCGUCCGCGAGCGCGCUCCGGGCACUGCUCAAAUAUUUAUAAAUAAAUUCCCUAUUCCCGAAAAAUAUCACAAAAAUCGAGAAAAAAUACAAAAAAAAGGAUAAUUUCCGUUUAUUUUUCAAGUGUUUUCGCGUAUAAUGCUGGAGGAAAGUGACGUGUUGAGGAAAAUUGUUUGUUUCACUGUAUUUAGUGUGAAAAAUUGUGCUUACUAAGUGUGUUUGUGAUGAAGCGAAGAAAGUGAUGAUUUCGAAUACAUCGCUGGAUUUGUUUUGAUUACUGUGACUUGUGUACUAAUAGGUUAAAAUGUCAACGGAACAGCCCCAACCCACCGGCGCCACCACUCCUGGGGCAGACAGCGUGGUGGACCCCACGUUAGCAGCCCAAACACCAGCCCCACGGAAACAGGCCAGGCCGAGAGGAAAACCACAACCCGAGAAACCAAAAAGAAGUUUAUUCUGUUUAGGACUCAAAAAUCCCUUGAGAAAACUUUGUUAUGAUAUAGUGGAAUGGAAACCAUUUGAAUAUAUGAUAUUGACGACGAUCUUCGCGAAUUGUAUAGCCUUAGCUGUGUUCACACCUUAUCCGUCCAGUGACACGAAUAAUACUAAUCAAAUAUUGGAAAAAGUAGAAUGGAUAUUCAUGGUGAUAUUCACGGGCGAGUGCGUGAUGAAGAUCAUCGCGUACGGGUUCCUGUUCCACCCUGGAGCGUACCUCAGGAAUACGUGGAACAGUCUCGACUUCACCAUCGUUACUAUCGGUAUAGCGAGUAUGACGCUUCAGUACAUUUCUAAGGACUCGUUCGACGUGAAAGCUUUGAGAGCUUUCAGAGUGUUGAGACCACUUCGGUUAGUCUCCGGAGUGCCAAGUCUUCAAAUCGUCUUGAACUCCAUAUUAAAAGCGAUGGUGCCACUGUUCCAUAUCGCCUUCUUAGUACUUUUCGUGAUCAUCAUCUACGCCAUCAUUGGUUUGGAGCUGUUCUCUGGAGUUCUUCAUGAAACCUGCUUUAAGAACGGUACCAAAGAUGAAAUGAUCGACGACCCAAGUCCUUGCAACAGCGAGCCGGACGUUGGCUUCCAAUGUCCCACCGGCUACGUCUGCCGCGGAGACUGGCCCGGCAUCAACUACGGCAUCACCAACUUCGAUAACAUUGGCUACGCUAUGCUUACCGUGUUCCAGUGCAUCACUCUUGAAGGCUGGACUGAUAUUAUGUACGCUAUUGCCAACGUCAAAGGUAACACGUGGCCAUGGAUCUACUUUGUGACUCUCGUCAUCUUCGGUAACUUCUUCGUCAUGAACCUAAUUCUUGGUGUGUUGUCUGGUGAGUUUUCCAAAGAAAGAGAAAAGGCUAAGAAUCGAGGAGAUUUUCAAAAGUCAAGGGAACGGCAGCAGUUUGAAGAAGAUUUGAAAGGAUAUUUGAAUUGGAUCACCGUAGCAGAGGAGCUGGAUCUUGAGAAUGAUCAGGGACAGAAAGAAGAUGAACAGGAUUCCCAAGGCAAAAAAGACAGACAAAGUAACGAGGGAUCUCAAAGUAAUGUGAACGCAAACACUGAACAAGCACAGGGUUCAACAUGUAAGGAGUAUUGCAGGAGGUUCGACAAGGUUAAUAGAAGAUUACGAAGGAGUUGCAGGAAAGCGGUGAAGUCACAGACCUUCUACUGGGCUAUCAUUGUUCUUGUAUUCUUGAAUACGUUAGUGCUGGCUACUGAACAUCAUGAGCAACCUAUUUGGCUGGACUACUUCCAAAACUACGCGAACUGGUUUUUCGUGGUGUUAUUCACUUUAGAAAUGUUAGUGAAGAUGUAUGCGUUAGGUUUUCAAGGUUACUUCGUCUCCUUGUUCAACCGUUUCGACUGCUUCGUCAUGAUCUGUUCCAUCGUCGAGCUGGCUCUCACGUUGACCGACACGAUACCGCAGCUGGGUAUAUCUGUGUUGCGUUGUGUUCGACUGCUCAGAGUCUUUAAAGUUACUAAAUAUUGGCGAUCUCUCUCCAAUUUGGUCGCCUCUCUUCUUAACUCCAUCCAAUCUAUCUUCUCUCUCCUUCUGCUUCUGUUCUUGUUCAUCAUGAUUUUCGCGCUGCUCGGCAUGCAGGUCUUCGGAGGCAGAUUCGAUUAUGAACCAGAAGAAGAGAAGGAAAGACAUAACUUUGACUCUUUCUGGCAAGCCGUGCUCACAAUGUUUCAGAUCCUAACUGGUGAGGACUGGAACGUAGUGAUGUACCACGGUAUCAACGCGUACGGUGGUGUCGGUACACCCGGAGUGUUGGCAUCUAUUUACUUUAUCGUCAUCUUCGUUUGCGGUAACUAUAUCUUGUUAAACGUGUUCUUGGCUAUCGCUGUCGAUAAUUUAGGAGAUGCUGAAGAGUUGGAUGAAAUACAAAAGGAAAAAGACGAGGCAGAAAAUCCAGAAGCAGGUAAUCCCCAACUGGAUGAGGAGAGAGGAGAGACUGAUGAUGAAUACGUCAAUGAGGAGGAAGGGUAUUCCAGUGAAGGAUCAGACCACGAAUACGAGGAGACAGGAUCAGAAGAAGAUGUAGAGGAACCAUUACAGGAAGUGACAGAUGAAGCCAACGAUAACCUUGUGGGCAAUGAGAAGAAGCAAAAUGGAGACAUUAAAAAAGAAGAGUCGCCGAAGCGUCAGCUGGCGAUGUCGGCGCGGCCGAGACGCUUGUCCGAUGUGGAGAUGAAGAACGAAGACAAACCCAUCCCAGAAGGCAGCAGCUUCUUCAUAUUCUCAAAUACCAACUGGUUCAGAGUGACGUGCUAUAAAAUACAAAAGAACUCUUGGUUCAAGAAUUUGAUUCUUCUGUGCAUUUUGGCUUCAUCCCUUAUGCUGGCUAUGGAAGACCCUGUGAAUAGCAAGGACAGUUAUGCACAGACUGAGAUUCUCCGCAAAAUCGACUACUUCUUCACCACGGUCUUCACUCUGGAGUUGAUGUUGAAGCUCAUUACUUACGGCUUCGUCCUUCACAAGGAUGCUUUCUGUAGAUCUGCCUUCAACCUUCUAGAUUUUCUUGUCGUCAUCGUUUCUUUGAUAUCUUUGGACGGGUCUAAAAAUAACGUAUCUUUUAUAAAGAUUCUGAGAGUAUUCCGUGUGUUAAGACCUUUAAGAGCAAUCAACAGGGCUAAAGGAUUGAAGCAUGUAGUACAGUGCGUAAUCGUUGCUAUUAAGACGAUUGGCAACAUUCUGUUGGUGACAAAUCUUCUACAGUUCAUGUUUGCCGUCAUGGGAGUGCAAAUGUUCAAGGGAAAAUUCUAUAGAUGCACAGAUAUAACAAAAGUAACGAAGGAUGAGUGCCGAGGCACCUACUUAAUUUAUAAAAAUGGCGACCCAGUGAUAGAGGAUCGUCUAUGGAAACGCAACAAGUUUAACUUUGAUGACGUACUCAAUGGGAUGCUGACACUCUUCACUGUAUCCACCUUCGAAGGAUGGCCAGGAUUGCUCUCAACUUCAAUGGACUCCAACGAGGAGAUGCACGGUCCCAUCGAGAACUCUCGGCCUCUGGUCGCCUUCUUCUACAUCAGCUACAUCAUUGUUAUUGCCUUCUUCAUGGUGAACAUCUUCGUAGGUUUCGUCAUAGUAACAUUCCAGAAAGAGGGAGAGCAGGAGUUCAAGGAUUGUGAGCUGGACAAGAACCAGAGGAACUGUAUCGAGUUCGCUCUGAAGGCUAAACCUGUACGAAGGUAUAUCCCAAAGCAUCGCAUCCAGUACAAGACGUGGUGGUUUGUGACGUCACAGCGCUUCGAAUACAUCAUCUUCUUCUUCAUCGUGCUGAAUACAGUGGCUCUCAUGAUGAAGUUCCACGGGGCCUCGCCGGAGUACAAGAAGGGUCUGGAUUUAAUCAAUAUGAUGCUGACGACGGUGUUCAUGCUGGAGUUCGUGUUCAAACUUGCCGCGUUUCGGUUUAAGAAUUACUUUGGAGAUGCGUGGAAUACAACAGAUUUCAUUUUAGUCGUCGGCAGUAUUAUAGACAUUGUGGUAACUCAAGUCAACGAGAAUAAACCUCCCGCUGAUUAUGGGAUGAUCAACAAAGCAAAUAAAGAGGGUUCCAACCUCCUGAAAUACAUAACAUUCUUCCGUCUAUUCCGAGCCAUGCGUUUGAUCAAGCUGUUGUCUCGAGGGGAGCGGAUCAGAACUCUUCUCUGGACCUUUAUCAAGUCCUUCCAGGCUCUGCCGUAUGUCGCCCUGCUGAUUGUACUGCUGUUCUUCAUCUAUGCUGUGGUUGGGAUGCAGCUCUUCGGAAAAGUUUUCCCUGAUGAUGACGUAAUCAGUAGCAACAAUAACUUCAAGACCUUUGGUGGUGCACUUAUGGUACUAUUUAGAUCGGCUACGGGAGAAGCUUGGCAGGAGAUCAUGAUGGCUUUAUCCCCGAAUAUCGACGAGCGCCCCGGCAAGCCCAUCCACUGCAUCAAGCCCAACAUGUCGGAGAGUGAUAUGCAGGCUGAUACCGAGGACUGCGGCACCUGGAUGGCUUUCCCCUACUUUAUCUCUUUCUCAUUGCUGUGUACUUUCCUGAUUAUCAACUUGUUCGUAGCUGUUAUUAUGGACAACUUCGACUAUUUGACCAGAGAUUGGUCCAUCCUAGGACCUCACCACCUCGACGAGUUUGUUAGGUUGUGGAGUGAAUAUGAUCCUGAUGCGAAAGGAAGGAUCAAACAUUUGGACGUCGUAACCUUACUAAGAAAAAUCAGUCCACCGUUAGGUUUUGGUAAGCUCUGUCCACACCGGACUGCGUGCAAACGUCUGGUCUCCAUGAACAUGCCGCUAAACUCUGAUGGUACGGUCAACUUCAACGCCACGCUGUUUGCCGUCGUAAGGACGCAGCUGCAAAUUAAGACUACAGGUGUAAUCGACGAAUGUAACACGGAACUCCGAGCGAUAAUCAAAAAAGUUUGGAAAAGGACAUCUCCUAAAUUGCUGGACCAGGUAGUGCCCCCACCAGGUGACCCCAACGAGAUCACCGUCGGAAAGUUCUACGCCACGUUCCUUAUACAGGACUAUUUCCGAAGGAACCAUGCAUUCAGGAAGCGAAAAGAGCAGGCGGCGGCAGCAUCGCUCCAGAACAACCAGAUGACUCUGCAGGCGGGGCUGCGCACGCUGCACGAGGCGGGGCCCGAGCUCAAGAGGGCCAUCUCCGGGAACCUGGACGAGUGCGUCGGGGAGGUGGUUGAACCGAUGCAUAGGCGUAACCACACUCUUUUCGGUGCUGUUUGGACAAGCAUCAAGAAACAUGGACGCGAGAGUUUCUACGGCCGAGACAGGAAGGCUGGCAUGCUCAUGACUGCUAAUAAUAAAAAUGGUGAUAAAGAUGGUCCAUCGCUGGGUAACAUGAUGAGGAGAGAACUCGGCAUGGACGGUGAAAUACCAGAAGAAGAAACAAAAAUCGAAGAAGGCAAUCAAAGCGAUGAAGAAAUCGCGAUGCAGCCUCUUCUCCACGGCAAGGACUCCGAAAAGAUAUUCAAAGCAAUCGAAAAAACGUCCCACGAUUUAAUGCAGACUAUGAGAAAGAACAAUCGUGACAAAAAGAUGAAACUACACAACAACGUGCCUUAUUGCAUAGAGAAUCCAGCGGAGAAUCUUAUUACUCGAGUACUGACGGAGCAGGGGCUCGGCAAGUACUGUGACAAGGACUUCAUACAGAGCACCUCGCGAGAGAUGCAGGAGGCGCUCGAUCUCACCCAGGAGGAGAUGGAUACCGCUGCCAACCAAAUAAUAUUGCAAGAGAGAAGUAUAGAAUCUGCCCAGAGCAGGCCGAACGACGUGGAAAGCAUAUUGUCAAGACAAUACCAUCCUUUCCAUCAACCCGCGAUGCAGCCCCCACCAAGGAAAAAAUAAUAAACACGAGAAUAAAACUGGAUUACUCUUUACCCAAGCGGUUGACUACCGAUUGGGUUUUUAACCCAUAUAUUAUGGGUUUUGUUCCCGAGCCUCGGGCUACAGGAGAAAAAAAACGGAAUUUUUGAAAAAUAUUUUGUAAAUAUAGCUUGUGGCUUCGUAACGUCAAAUGUAUUUUCUAGAACCCAAUGGACCUAGAAUUUUUGUGGUAAGGAAUGAAUUUUUAAAUGGAAAAUUUUAAUAUAUAUACAAAAUAGUUCAUAGUGUAAUCAUGGCUAUGUGCCUUAUUUAUUCAAAAUAAAAUUGUGCCAAAGUUUUAUAGCCUUAAAAAAAUAGCUAUUUUUCUGCUAUAAAAUCUCUUGUAUGUUUAACUGGAAUGUGUAUGGUAUAGUUGUAUGGGUAUUUUGAGUAAAUUCUAGUCAUAAUCGCUUGCUUAGGUUUUAUCAUGAAUGUUUAUUUAGCAUGGAAAAUAUUUUAAAUGAUGUAUUUUGUAUGGAAAUAUACUUGUUAUUGUGAAUAAAUUGUUGAAAUGGAUUUUAA